GAACCAACCAGGGGCAUUGGGGCCCAAGAUCUGCUGGUGGAUAGCAAACUCAGCCCCGUCCCCCACUCGCCUGGGAGGAAGAGGAGGCAGCCUCAUGGCUGGGGGGUGGACGAGCAGAGUGACAAAGCAAAUUACACCAGCCAGGCGAGAGAAGCAACGGGCCUUUGACAUCAGGACAGGCUGUGCUCAGCACUUCCCCAAAUGCACCCAGAAAUCAUCUUAAUAUCAAUGUUGUAACAAAACAUGGGGAGGUAUUUCCGCCUGAGGCAAGACCUCAGGCACUUCCUCCAGCCGUGCCACUGCGAGGCAGGAAGGACCACACGGCAGACACACAGGGGCAGACAGGGUGGGCAGCCCCCAGCAAUGCCCCUUCCCUGGGCCUGAGCAUGGCCAUGGAGCUGAGAGCCCUCCUGCUGCUGCUGCUCUGCUUCCCAGGUCUCCAAGCCCAAGCACCUCCUGCCGAGGAGAGACGACGGGAAGGGGGCACUCUGUAUGUCCAGUGUCCUUACACAGACAAGACUUCUGGUGAUCAGUGGAAACGCUGGUGCCGCCUGAAAGAUGAGCGAUGCUAUGACUUAUGGGCAAGCACCGAGUACCCAAGCCAAAUCCCAGACAGAUUUACAAUAAAGGAUCACCCCACUGCUAAGAUCGUCUCCGUCACCAUGACUGACCUCAAGGCAGAGGACUCAGGCACAUACACCUGUGAAAGUUCCUAUUCUCCACUGAAGAGGAUCUCACUGAAUGUUUUCAAGGAGGAGCUCCAGUGGGAGUUGGACACUCUGCGGGUGCAGUGCCCGUACAGCACGACCUGGUGCCGGAGAGAAGGGCAGACUGAGUGUAGAGUCAUGGCGAGCACAGAAUCCCGUUCAACACGGAGCAACAGCAAAGCUCCACACGACAGAACAUCGCUGAUGUACAACCGCCUGAAUACUCUCACCGUCACCAUGAGGAGGCUGCAGGCCCAGGACACCGGCACGUACUGGUGUGCACUGAGCUCCGGCCGCACCCGAGUAAUGGAGGUCGUGCUCUCUGUCUUCAAGAGGACCCAGCAGUACACAGCUAAGGAGUCAGGCAACAUCUCUGUCCAGUGUCAGUACAAGAACACGGACUACGGGGCUGUGAGCAAAGCCUGGUGCAAAGAGGAAGCAGGGACAUCAUGUGAGAUACUGGUCACCACAAGCUCAGGGCUCUCAGGGAACCAAAGGACAUCUCAGGAUGGCAGAGUCAGGAUCCAGGAUGACACCCAACAGGGGAUCGUCACCAUCACCAUGGAGCAGCUGCAGGCACAGGACUCUGGCGUGUACUGGUGUGCACUCCAUGAAAGCUCUGGUCUCUCCCGGAUGGAGGAGGUCACGCUCGAGGUUUCCGAGGCUUUGUCAGACACUGAAGGCUCAAGUCAAGCAACUCCUUUGGGCAACAGCCCAACACCCAGCUCAAAUGUCAACACCUUCAUCCUACUGUCCGUGGUGCUGAGCAUCCUGCUCAUCCUGGCUCUCAUCACCUCGGCAGCGCUGUGUGUCAGGCUGCAAAAGCUCCUGGAGAGAACAGGUAACCAAGGAGCAGAGGACACCUAUGACAAUUCAGAGGGCACAGCACAGCUUGGCAGCACUGAAAGAAGAGAAAGUUCUAAGGAUGACAGCAAGGGCCUAAAACACAAUAACCUGGACUUGCAAUCCCAGCCCAGCUCUGAGGGUCCUCUUUACUGCAAUAUUGAACCCAGCCAGGCUCACAGGAAGCCCCAAGGGGAAAAUGUGGAAUAUGCUGUCAUCGCAUUCAACCAGCUCCCAAGGAAUGAUGCAGGAUGAAGCACAGAGUCCCCAAACAAUCCAGAAAUGGGAGAAACAAACUGGAAUACGAAGUGGGAAUGAGGACUAGGAGGUGUGUGGAUGGACACUGGGGAGGAGCUGAGUUUUGCUGCCAUGUGUGUGUUGCCUGUGCGUUUUCUGACCUCCCUCCUGUUAAUGGCCAGUAGAGGCUUUGCCACACUUGUGGCAGAUUGUCUCAGGUCAGACAGAGGUGUGGGAUUAUUCCCAGGAUACCUUGUACAUCUGUUUUUCCAGUUCCAUUAAAAUGCAGACUCUUGGAGAGGCAGGUGUGAGCUUUUGAAAAAGAGCAGUAUUUGUCUGGACAUUGCUGGGUUUGGUAUUCCAGCUAUGCUCUGGUACAAACUCUGCCCCAUUCCUGAGGAUUCAGCUCCUGUGGCCAAGUGAACUCAUUGCAGUGCUGCAGGGAUCAAACUUGAACCUUUUUGUGCCUGGGUUCAUGUCCCAUGAAAUGGGUUGGGAAUGGGAGUGCUGGAUUAUAAGAAUAAGCAGAACCAACAUCUGCACUUCCCUCUCUCUGCUGGAAACUCUCCAAAUGACAUGUUUGCUGCCUGUAUUUAGCAGUCAUGUGAGGAGCAACCUGAAACGAGUUUUCUGGGGCUCAGCUCCAUUUCUCUGAAAGACCAGAAGCUCUGGCAUCUGAUUUCCCUGCCCCAAGCCCUGCAGACAGGUCUGAGACCAAAGGAGCCUGAACCAUCCCUCAUUCCCAGGCCAGUCACAUCCAACAGGCUUCUCUUGCUAGGGCUGCAGCAGGGAGGCUGAUGGAAUUUUUGAGAUUUUCAGAGUUGAUGUGACAGAAAGAAAAAGAAAAUGGUUCUGGAAAUGGUUCAUUCAGCCCAAGAUUCCCCUAACAAUUUGCUCUUCAUGCAGUUACAUUGGGUCAAGCUGUGGAAGAGUAAUAGUAGAAAACAAUGGAAUGGAAGAGAGGCAUUUUCAGGAUGAUUCUCAAAGAGAAUCCAGAUUUGUGCUCACUGGAGCAAGAAGGAACAAAAACUGCAAUCAGUCACCUCACAAAGAAUUUCUCUGAGGUACCAUUUUCUUAACCACUAACUCAAGGAAAGGAAAAGAGGCACAUUUAAGACUGGACAGACCUGCAGAUUCAUCAGUACACCAGUUAAGAAGUCAGGGUCUACUCAU